GUAAGGUGAGUGCGUGACACGCAGAUCCAUUCUCAAACUCUCUCGAAGCGGUGUGUUACCCGACAGAGCAAGCGAGUGUUGUGUUAUCAUGUGGGUGUUGUUUGUGUGUCUGUCUGUGCUGCAUGCUGGACUUGCUGAUAAUUCUUUACCGGACAGUUUCCGGCGAUGCGGACAGACAGACAAGAAGCUGAACGACUGCCUCAAGGCGGCUGUGCCCGACGCUCUCAGGAAGAUGAGGGAAGGCAUCCCGUCUCUGGGCGUGCCUCCCAUGGAGCCGUUGCACGUGGCCGGCAUCAACAUCUCGUCCGGCGCCGGUCCGGUCGUCAUCUCCCAGAACUACCGGAACAUCAAACUGCACGGACUCACAGAUUCUCUGCUCACUACUUACAAGGCCGACCUGAAGCGCUACCGGCUUCGCACGGACUCCAUAACGCCGAAGAUGGAGUUCAUUGGUGAUUACGUCAUGAAGGGAAGGAUCUUGGUGUUGCCGAUACAGGGAAAAGGGAUCGCCAACAUUACCAUGGUGAACCUAGUAGUAAAACACGACCUGAUCUUCGAGCCGGUAACGCGCGACGGACAGAUCUACAUGCACAUGAAGGAUUACAGGGUGAAGUUUAUCCCGGAGCGGGUCAUUCUGCACUUCUCUAACUUGUUCAAUGGGGACAAGCGACUAGGGGAUCAGAUGAACUUAUUCCUCAACGAGAAUUCCGAGCUGGUCUUCAACGAAUUGAAGGAAUCCUACGAGAAGAGCUUGAGCUCCGUAUUCCAGGACGUCACAAACAAAAUAUUCGACAAAGUUCCCAUGAACAAAAUUUUCCCCGAAAAAUGAACACGCUGUGAUAAACUGCAACAUUCCAUUUCGGUGCUAUUUUAAAUGUGAAUACAAAUAAUUAUAAGUAGAUUAUUUAUUGAAAUUGCUUUAAUUAAUUAAGAAUACAUAAUUUUGCUAAA